AUGCCAAUAACAACUACAGCACCCAACACCAGCAAACAACAGAAACAAUGGUUAAUACCAAUAACAACUACAGCAGCCAACACCAGAAAACAUCAGAAACAAAGGUUAAUACCAAUAAAAACUACAGCAGCUAACACCAGAAAACAACACAAACAACAGUUAAUACCAAUAACAACUACAGCACCUAACACCAGAAAACAACAGAAACGACGGGUGAUACCAAUAACAACUACAGCAGCCAAACCAAGAAAACAACAGAAACAAUGGUUAAUACCAACAACAACUACAGCAGCUAACACCAUCAAACAACAGAAACAAUGGUUGAUACCAAAAACAACUACAGCAGCUAACACCAUCAAACAACAGAAACAAUGGUUGAUACCAAUAACAACAACAGCAGCUAACACCAGAAAACAUCAGAAACAAAGGUUAAUACCAAUAACAACUACAGCAACUAACACCAGAAAACAACAGAAACGACGGGUGAUACCAAUAACAACUACAGCAGCCAAACCAAGAAAACAACAGAAACAAUGGUUAAUACCAAAAACAACUACAGCAACUAACACCAGAAAACAACAGAAACGACGGGUGAUACCAAUAACAACUACAGCAACUAACACCAGAAAACAACAGAAACAGCGGUUAAUGCCAAUAACAACUACAGCAGCCAACACCAGAAAACAUCAGAAACAAAGGUUAAUACCAAUAACAACUACAGCAGCUAACAACAGAAAACAACAGAAACAACGGUUAAUACCAACAACAACUACAGCAGCUAACACCAGCAAACAACAGAAACAAUGGUUAAUACCAAAAACAACUACAGCAGCUAGCACCAGAAAACAACAGAAACAACGGCUAAUACCAAUAACAACUACAGCACCUAACACCAGAAAACAACAGAAACGACGGGUGAUACCAAUAACAACUACAGCAACUAACACCAGAAAACAACAGAAACGACGGGUGAUACCAAUAACAACUACAGCAGCCAACACCAGAAAACAUCAGAAACAAAGGUUAAUACCAAUAAAAACUACAGCAGCUAACACCAGAAAAACAACGGUUAAUACCAAAAACAACUACAGCAACUAA